AUGGUGGCUGAUUCAGCCACCACAAAUGUCUUCUCUGCCCAGAACCAUCUUGGUAUCUUACUCUGGUUUAGUUCACCUAAUCUUAACCUCCGGUCUGAUCUUUGGAGUGGUUUGAAGGAUUUAGCUAGGCAGAUUUCAGGAGAAUGUGGGGUAACAUUCAGAGGUGGCUUGAUAGAGAGAGACAACACUGAGAAAUUAAACCAUUUUUGGCCCAUUGGACUCUGCAAUGUUUUGUAUAAGCUUGUCACCAAGAUUAUUGUGCAAAGACUUAAGGUGGUAAUGGCAAAGCUGAUCAGUGCAUCUCAAUGUGCUUUUGUACCAGGUAGACAAAGUACGGAUAAUAUUCUAAUAGCCCAAGAAGCCAUUCACACUAUGAGAGCAAAAAGGGACUUGUCGGCUAUAUGGCGAUGA